UAUUUUUACUAUUUUUAUUUUUACUAAAAAAUUAUUUUCAUAAAUUUUUUUACUCAUAUUGGCUAAAAUGGACGUAGGUUCAUCAUCAGAUGAGGGGCAAAUUUUUUCUUCAUCUUCCGAGGAGAUGGAGGAUUUACUCGAAUUUAUUGAAGUAAAAUCUAAAAGAGGUUCAUCUCUCUUAACUCGUGACGGCUUUGAAUACCAGCUUGAACGUUAUUCUGCCGUGGAUAAUCACGUUGAAUAUUGGAAAUGCCCAAAAGUAUGGAUUAUGUUUGGAUUUAUUUAA